AUGGCGUCCCACCACAACCACCGCCGCGGCCCCGACCCAACCUCCCCGCGCCGCCGGUUCACCAUCUCCCUCACGCCCCCACCAACACCCACCACAACUACCCGCCGCUCCCUCGCCGCUCCCCCCAUCACACCUUCCCCAAUCCCCUCCCACCACCCACCUCCCCAAACCUCACGACCGCCACCACCAGCGAACCCCUUCAACAACCUCCCCCUCGAAACCACCCAAGCAAUCGCCACCUUCAUCGAGACCGACUCCGACCUCUGCGCUUUUCGCGCCACGUGUCGCAGUACGCUGGAUGCUGUGGAGGCGGAUGGGGCGAGUUUCUGGCGGAGGCGGUGGGCGGGAUGUUUUGAGCGGCCGGCUUCGGACGUCUCGUCGUCGGGCGGUGGUGGCUCAGGCUCGUCGUUCACUCGCGGCUCGGACUCGACCUCGUCUUCGCGCUGGAACGGACCAGCGGGCAACGCGCGUUUCAAGGAGGAAUACCAGAAGCGCAGGCUCGUGUUGAAGAACGGGGCGGAGUUUAUGGAGGGCGGUGGGGAGAGGGAGAAGGUGUGCUUGGAGGUGUUGCGGGAUUUGGUCGCGGAUUCCUUCUCCACCAAAACCGCCUCCAACGCCUUGACGUACGAAUCCUCCAACCUGGCGUUCCUCCAACGGUUCGCAGUCGCAAACUUCUCACUCCUCGAACUCUUCACCCCCAACCUCAAACGCCCGUACCGCUCCAGCACACGCCGCCGCUCGACCACCCCACCCGCGUCCACCUCCAAACGCCUCAUGCAAACCAUCCAAGUCUUACUCGCGCCCAUGCACCUCAACCCGGACCCGAUGUACGAGUUCAGUCACUACAACUUCCUGGACUCCCAAGCCGCCGUCUACUCUACCGCCACCGUCCACCCGAUCUUCGGCGGCUGCUAUGGCGUCGAGAUCGAUAUGGAGUACGUCCUGCACAACCUGAAUUUCUGGAAAUACCACAUGCUGCGCCAGGCCGAAGGCACGCUCAACGAACCCUACUGCGACUUGGACGAAGACGAGCGGCCGCGCUGGUGGGACCAUGCGCUCUCGCAGGACACGACGCAGAAGCUCUGGAAGAACUGGAAGGGCAGCUAUGCGUUUGUCGAGCGCGAUGAGAUCGACACGCUGCGCGGCGGGCGGGAUUACAACCAGCAGAUCCAGGACAUCUUCGCCGGGGAGGAUGGGAGCGACGGGGCGUUCCAGUCGCUGACGCUCGAGCUGGCGCCGGACGAUGGCGAGUUCGUGUGGCCGAUGCUCUUCGAGCAGCAUCUGAAGAGCUUGGUGCCGCCGGAGGGGCGGGCGAGGACGCGGGCGCAGCGGCGGAGCGCGAAGCCGGAUGAGGCGGCGCAGAUGCGGACGAGGGGGUUUCAUGUCCAGGACCGGCAUUUCGAGGGCGAGGGGAAGGAUGUGAGCGAGAAGUUCCUAGCGAGUGGGUGGUUGAAUGCGCUGCCGGUGCAGGAGGGCGUGCCGGGGUGGCAGAGGCUGACGAUGAUGAAGUAUUUCGAGGAUGAGAAUGGGAAUGUGGACAUGCAGGGUUUGUGGGCGUAUGAGGGGGUGGUGUUGCCGGGUGGAGGGAUCAUUGUGGGGAGGUGGUGGAGUCCGAGCGAUGAGGCGGAGGAGGAUGUCUAUUCAGGGCCGUUCAUCUUGUGGUGUGUGGAUGGGGCGAAGAACGCUGAGGUGGGAGAGGGAGAGGAGACUAAUGGGGACGAGGAGUGCUGA